CCCCGAGGCCCCCCACGUGUUCUCUCGGAUGGGGGACCCCCUGGGGGGCAGGGACGGGGGGCGACCUAAUCAUGCUGCCUUCCCCUCGGCGCUUAGCACCCAGUGAGCGCCCCCCCGUCCCGGCUAUUGUUACGACGCCAUGGCGGGGCCGGGGCUAAGAUGGCGACGCCGGGCCGGCCUGUGGAGCCGGCGGCAGGGGUUCACGUGAUCGGCCCGCCCCUUUCCUCCUCCUCCUCCUUCUUCUCCUCCUCCUCGUCGUCCUCUCCAUCCCCGUCCCUCCUCCCCUCCGGUCCGUGCUGGUGGGAGGAUGCCGCCGGCGGCGCGGCCGUGAGUGCCCCGAGCCCCCGGGCCGGAGGGAGCGUCCCGAUCGGCCCCAGCGUUGGGGUGGAUGGAGGAGGCCGCGGGCAGCCUGCCCCUGGGGGCCUUGGCGGCCGUCCUGAAGCACAGCUUAGUCGUGCCCGAGGACAGCGCCCAGGUACGAGGCUAUGACUUCAACCACGGGCUGGACUACCGCGCCCUGCUCAGGUCCUACAGCACCACGGGCUUCCAGGCCACCAACUUCGGCCAGGCGGUGCAGCAAGUCAACGCCAUGAUUGAGAAGAAACUGGAGCCCAUGGAGGAAGGGGAGGAGAACCAUGUCGACCUGAACCCCUCCCGGCGUCCACGCAGCGGUUGCACCAUCUUCCUUGGCUAUACCUCCAACCUCAUUAGUUCCGGCAUCCGAGAGACCAUCCGCUACCUGGUGCAGCACAAUAUGGUGGAUGUCCUGGUCACCACGGCAGGAGGCGUGGAAGAGGAUCUGAUCAAGUGUCUGGCCCCCACUUACGUGGGAGAAUUCAGCAUGAAAGGGAAGGAGCUCCGGCAAAAUGGCAUUAACAGGAUCGGAAACCUCCUCGUGCCCAAUGACAACUACUGUAAGUUUGAAGAUUGGCUGAUGCCCAUCCUGGAUCAGAUGGUUCUGGAGCAGAACACUGAGGGUGUGAAGUGGACCCCAUCCAAGAUGAUCGCUCGGCUUGGCAAAGAGAUCAACCAUCCCGAGUCGGUGUAUUAUUGGGCGCAGAAGAACAACAUCCCGGUUCUCAGCCCGGCCCUGACCGACGGCUCCUUAGGGGACAUGAUCUUCUUCCACUCCUACAAGAACCCGGGCCUAGUGCUGGACAUCGUGGAGGAUCUGCGGCUCAUCAACUCCCAGGCUGUCUUUGCCAAGCGCACAGGCAUGAUCAUCCUGGGCGGGGGCCUGGUGAAACACCACAUUGCCAAUGCCAACCUCAUGAGAAACGGGGCAGACUAUGCCGUCUUCAUCAAUACAGCCCAAGAGUUCGACGGCUCCGACUCGGGGGCCCGGCCCGAUGAGGCCAUAUCCUGGGGAAAGAUCCGUAUGGACGCGCAUCCGGUCAAGGUCUAUGCUGACGCCUCCCUUGUCUUCCCCCUGCUCGUGGCUGAAACCUUCGCCCAGAAGAUCAAUGUGUUCACCACCGAGAAGAACAACGACUGACACAACAACAGGCCUCUCCUCUCCCAACCUGUCAGUCCUCCCUGGCUCUUGGCCCAGAAGAUCAACUAGGUCCGCCACUCUUCCCUCGUUCCAUGGAGUCGGAUCCGUCAUCUGCCUGCAAAAUGCCUCCCCGCUCGCUCCAGCCUCGCUACCCCCCACCUCCUCCCGAAGCACGGCUUCUGUACCUCCCGUCCCUAGCGCCCGAGCCUCGGAAGUCAUCAGUAAAGGACCCAGGCCGGCCCUGGAACGUUCCUUUUAAUGAACGUCAAGCACGCGACGCGAGCCCAAGUCCGGUCGGCGCCUCAGCCUGGGAUUUCUUGGGCUGUGUACGAAU